GGUCCGGCGCGCCAGCUAGCGUACGACAUGUGCGACGAGUGUGGGACUUCUGCUCGAUCGGAAAUAUCUCAAGGGUGUACUUCCUUCAUCCUCAUCUGUUGGAGUGUACAAAGGAUGAGAACCAACUUAGGAGUGCAGUGUAUGAAGAUUUGAAGUUUUCUCUUCAUGAUCCUCCUCUGGCGUCAUCUUCUCCGCCUCAUCCUCGCCGCAUUCUCCCUCCUCAUCUUCUGCGAGUUCCUGAUCUACUACUUCAUCGCCCUCCCGUGCUCAUGGCCACAGCUGCCCCGAGGUGACUGGGGUAGGGAUGCCCCAGGGGGUGGGGAAUCGGCUCCCCUGCGUGCCAUGUUCCUGUCCGACACCCACCUACUUGGGAACAGACUUGGUCACUGGUUUGACAAGCUACGCAGGGAAUGGCAGAUGCAGAGAGCGUUUCAGACAGCGAUGACCUUAGCCAAUCCGGAUGUGGUCUUUAUUCUUGGCGAUCUGACUGACGAAGGAAAAUGGGCCAGUGAUCAGGAAUUUGGCGAGACAGUGGAACGCUUCAAUAACAUGUUCAAAGUGGGCGAAAAUAUUGAGUUCCAUGUUGUCGUCGGCAAUCACGACAUUGGAUUCCAUGAGUCGGUCACCAAGAUCAAGUUGGAACGCUUUCAGGAGAUGUUCGACAUUCCUCCGGUCAAAAUCCUGACAAUUAAAGACAACGUCUUUGUUCUAGUCAACAGCAUGGCCAUGCACGGCGAUGGCUGCUUCAUGUGCAGCCCAGCCAUGGACAAACUGCGCUGGGCGUCCGAGAGACUCAACUGCACACGGUACGGAUCGCCGUCCGGCAGAGCAAACGAGAAGGAAACAGUGAAGGCAAGAUGCCAGAAAUAUAAGACGUUGCCAAACGUUAGACCGAUUCUACUUCAGCAUUUCCCCUUGUACAGGCCUGACGAGACACCAUGCACAGGCCCUGAUGCUCCAACACUCAACCAACAAAGGAAGAAAAAUACAGAAAGAUUUGAUGUUAUAUCCAAAAAGGCUUCACAGCAACUGCUAUCGUGGAUCCAGCCGCGUAUGAUUCUGAGCGGCCACGCCCAUCACGGCUGCUACGUGGUGCACCCGGGCGGAGUCCCCGAACUCUCCGUCCCUUCGUUCAGUUGGCGCAAUCGCAACAACCCAAGCCUGAUCCUGGCCACCAUUUCAAAGGAGCACUUUGAGUACAGCAAGUGCUUCAUACCACAGGAGACAUCCGUCAUCACCAUCUACGUGUUCUUCAUCAGUCUCAUCGUGGUCUGGUUUGUCUUGUCCAUUGUGCGGAACUGGGGCCGGAAUUUCAAGAAGUAUCGGUAGGAGCAGGGAAUUGUGGGAUAUGUAAGGAUGUAUGGGUCCGAUCGCAUGACAUCAACGAACCACGUGACCAUCCGGUCUCCCUCGAUCUGCCACCAUUGCAGUAGGCAAGUGUUUGUGUUUGAUAAACAACCACGUGCGUUGUAAACUAGACAGCAGGGCUUAUUUUCACGUAAAAUAACCACAAAUUCUUUAUCAAAUGGCACAGUGGUCAAUACCUGUGCCUUGGAUGGACCCAGUACUGGAUGUUGGCUCCGCGUUUUUCUCUGUUUUUGCCAUCUAUCACAGCUUUGAAGGCUUGCCUACUACCUACUGGGUGUGUUUGAGAGAGCCCCACUACAAGGCUGAAAACCACUUAAAGUAAAGGGCUACAAAAACGAGAAACAAGGGUCGGGAGCAAGGGUCCCUGGACUCUGUACCCCAAAAGCAGAGCGGUGCGGUAGGGGGCUGUGCCAAACAUGACCUAAUCUGAAGGCGUCCACAAUGGACUCCCGACAGUUUCAAUGAUGAAACGCGUGGUCAAGGACAGGGUGAUCAGCACACAUGUAGUGAUUACAUCUCUGCUUCCCCAACAGAGUUAUUUUGGAUUAUCUAGAUAGAAAAUAACAUUUACACUUUCUGCGUGCCUUUAAAGCACGUUUCAAGAUACUUGUUACAAGAUGCUGAACUAUGUACAUGUCUCGUUCUUCACUUUCACGUUGUAAAAUCAUCAAGACAUUUUGCAUUUCGGAGGGUUUUUUUUAAGCAAAGACCAGGACAAAGAAACUGUUUUUAAGAGUUAUAGUAGGCUAUGUUUUUGAGCAAAUAAGGGCCCAGUAACGAUGCAAUUUUCUGGAAACAACCACCAGAGAUACUUCAAAUAAAGCAGUUUCGUACUUUUAGUAAAAU